AUGGCCCAGCUUGGGUGCUCACUGGGACUGCUGAUUCAGGCCAAUGUCUUCUCCUGCCUGGCUUUCUGCUACCUGCUCUUCAUCCUGCUGGGAGGCGUGGUGUUCACCGUGGUGGAGGCUCCGCUAGAGAAGGAGCUGAGAGCUGAGGUGGAGCAGCUGCGGCGCUCCUUCCUGCAGGAGAACCCCUGUGUUGAGGAGAGCGAGCUGAGGGAGCUGCUGGGGAAAGCUCUCUCUGCUCACCACAGCCGUGAAGCUGAUUCAACGGCUGACGCAGAUGAGAAGCACAAUGACUUCAUCUCAUCUCUUUACUUUGUCAUCCUCACUCUGACCACCAUGGGUUCUGACUCUGACAGCCCUAAAUCAGAUGAAGCCAAGCUUUUCUUUAUCUUCUAUUGCAUCCUGGGGAUCCCCUCCACCCUGUUCCUCCUCUCAGUCCUCUCCAACCUCCUCCUCCCUGUUGUCACCAACUCCCCUGUCCACCACCUGCAGACUUACUGGGGCUUACCCUACGGCCAUGCCGCCCUCGUCCACGCCAGCUUUCUCUCUGUGCUCGUCCUCCUCCUCCUCUUCUUCCUCCCUGCCCUCAUGGUUUGUACAGUGGAGCCAGACUGGAGUUUCCUGGAUGCUUUUUUAUCCUGCUUUGUCAUCCUGAGCACCAUUGGUGAGGGAGGAAAGUCUCUGGGGGAGAGCUGGGGGCCGCUGGCCAAAGACACACUCAAACUCCUCACCACAUGGUAUCUGCUGGUGGGCCUGGUGGUGAUCAUUACUCUCAAGGAUACUGUCCUGCAGGUUCCCCGGGUCCGUGGGGUGAUGAGGCGCUUCUCUGGUUUGCAGUUGACAGAGCUGGAAGGUGUCCAUCUCAAUGAAUUGACAUUAAGUGAAGACAACUGUGAGGAGGAGCCCCAGUACUCCCAGUCCAUCUGUACUAUCUCCUCCACUCCAUUACAGCUGAUGAGCCCCUGUUCAGACUUUCAGAGACCCAGAACCUCAACUCUCAAAAGCACCUGA